AUGGCCUCCAACGGUAUUGAGAGCCCGCCGAAGAGGGUGAAGCACGAGAGCUCAUCCACCGCAGGCAACUUCAACCUCGCUCCACCCACCUUCGAUCUCGAUAUCUGGGCAACACAUUAUGAGGGCGCCCUCCUCCCUCUCCGCCUCUCCCACGUCGCCAUCCACUGCCCGACGCUCGCCCGCCAGGCCAUGACCAUGGCCAUCUCCACAGCAAAGGAAGGCAAAGACGUCCGCCUCUACACCCGUAUCUGCGAGCUCGCCGACCAACUCGGCUUCUCCGAUAUCGGCACGCCCGACGAAGAACACAUCGCCAAGCAAGAAGAAGGCAACCGCCGGCAAUUGAGCAAACUCGAGUCCGAGCUGCGCGGCUACAAGAACAACCUCAUCCGCGAAAGCAUCCGUAUGGGCCAAGAGGACAUGGCAAACCACCAACUAGCGACUGGCGGUCCACUCCCAGACCCCGCCAAUCCCCUCUCCACAAACGCCGCAGGCUACAACGCCGCCUACCAAGCCUUUGGCAAAAUGCGCGACUACUGCACCACACCCACCCACAUGGCAAGCAUGAACCUCCGUCUAAUCUACACCGCCAUCCUGCAAGCCGUAAGCAUGCAACAGCUCGGCUCAUCCGCCGGCACGAACUGGAACAACGUCCUCUCCACCAGCUCCCGCCUUCGCACCUCGGGCGUGAAAGAAGAAGAACAGAUCAAACUCACUCCCAUCGCAACAGCCAUGUCCGGCAUCGCCCAACUAAGCCAAGGGAACUACCGCGAUGCAGCAGCCGCCUUCCUCGCCACACCAAAAGAAUACAACACCAUCGGACCCGUUCACGGCGCCGAUUUCGGUCGCGCUGUUGCAAGCGCAAACGAUAUAGCCAUUUACGGCGGGCUCUGCUCUCUCGCCACUCUCUCACGUCAGGAAUUGAUCGAUCUCGUGCUCGGAGGCAACUUCCGUGCGUUUCUGGAGCUGGAGCCACAUAUGCGGAAAGCCAUCUCCCUGUACACGACGGCGAAGUACCAGGCCUGUCUUGAUACUUUAAGACGAUACUAUAGCGAUUGGAGUCUGGAUAUCUUUCUCGGAGCGCAGGCCAUGUCGGCCAGACACGGGGUCUCACAUGUCGACCUCCUCUUCGCAAGGAUCAGGGAGAAGAGUAUUACGGCUUACUUCUCCUCUUUCUCCCAGGUCUCCCUUUCAGCGCUCGCCACGACCUUCCCACCGGCCCUAUCCUCCUCCUCUUCCUCCUCCUCAUCCUCUGCAGCAGCUAUGAUGGAGGAGGAAGUCCUCCGUAUGAUCGAGACGAAACAGUUGGAUGCUCGAUUGGAUGUCGUGAAAGGGGUUUUGGUGGCGCCGCGGAAGGAGGCGAGGAGUGCGGCGCAUGAGGAGGCGAAGAGGGUGGCGGAGGAGGUGGAGAGGACGUUGUUGUUGAGGUUGCAUCGGGUUAAUGUUUCGUUGGCUGGGUUGGGAGUGCCGAAGGGUAAGGGCGGGAACUGGGGAGGUGAAGUCGGGAAUGGGGUUGGUGGGGGGUGGCGUGAUUACGGAGGUUGA